AUGUCUCCCAACGCAACACAGGAUGAUGCCUUCGAGCUUUUCGAUCUGCGCGUCGAGGUCGUUUGUCCUCCUGGCAAGAAAGUCUUGUGUGGUGCAAAAGAAGGCGAUCACUUCACCUUAAAGGGCGAGAUGCUUCACCUGCCGCCCAACCAAGGAAUCAGCAUUUACAGUCUUGCAUCUGUGCUGUCUCUUUUGCCUGCGAAGCAGAGACCGACUUCUCAGAACGACUGGAUGACUACCGACGCACUCAUUGCGUGUCCCGAUCCGAACUGCCCCUCACAGCUGAGAAUCGUGAGAGAAGGAAUCAGGACCUUCAGCCACGCCGAGACAACAGUAGUGCCGCUUGGGUAA